CGGGCUCGUUGCGUGUCCCGACCAGGUCGUUUCGGUCAUAUUUAGGAAUCAGUUUGUAAGAUAUUUCUGGGCCAGAAAAUUUAUUGUAUUUAUUCAAAAUGUUUAGGGCUUUUUCACGAGCCUCCACACUACUGUUUAAAGCAUCUACACUAUCUACUCCAAAUGUAGUUGGCGGAAUAAAAAUUGUCCCGUGUAUAUGGACCACAUCUAUUCAGUGCUAUGCAUCUGCUGCAACAGCUGCUCAGGCAAAAGGAAAGAUUGUUGCAGUCAUUGGUGCUGUUGUUGAUGUGCAGUUUGAUGAUGACCUUCCUCCCAUAUUAAAUGCCUUAGAGGUUGAAGGAAGGAAACCUCGAUUAAUCUUGGAAGUGGCUCAGCACUUAGGAGAAAAUACUGUUCGAACGAUUGCUAUGGACGGUACUGAAGGCUUAGUUCGUGGCAACACGGUGCUGGAUACGAAGUCUCCCAUCAAAAUUCCUGUUGGCCCAGAAACUUUAGGAAGAAUUAUCAAUGUAAUUGGUGAACCUAUUGAUGAAAGAGGUCCAGUAGUCACUGAUAAAUAUUCUGCAAUUCAUCAAGAAGCCCCUGAAUUUGUUGAAAUGAGUGUCGAACAGGAAAUUUUAGUGACAGGAAUAAAAGUUGUAGAUUUAUUAGCUCCAUAUUCCAAAGGUGGAAAAAUUGGUUUGUUUGGUGGUGCUGGGGUAGGUAAAACUGUAUUAAUUAUGGAACUGAUUAACAACAUUGCUAAAGCUCAUGGUGGCUAUUCAGUAUUUGCUGGAGUAGGUGAAAGAACCAGAGAAGGAAAUGACUUAUAUCAUGAAAUGAUUGAGGGUGGUGUUAUCAGUUUAAAGGAUAAAAGCUCUAAGGUAUCUCUUGUAUAUGGACAGAUGAAUGAGCCUCCAGGUGCUCGUGCUCGAGUUGCCCUCACUGGUCUGACUGUUGCUGAGUAUUUCCGUGAUGAAGAAGGACAAGAUGUGCUGCUGUUUAUUGACAACAUUUUCAGGUUUACACAAGCUGGUUCUGAAGUAUCAGCAUUGCUGGGACGUAUCCCAUCUGCUGUAGGUUAUCAACCCACCUUGGCAACUGAUAUGGGUACCAUGCAGGAAAGAAUUACAACUACAAGAAAAGGAUCAAUUACAUCUGUACAGGCCAUUUAUGUACCUGCUGAUGACUUGACUGAUCCUGCUCCUGCUACUACAUUCGCCCACUUGGACGCCACCACUGUCUUAUCUCGUGGUAUUGCUGAAUUGGGUAUCUAUCCUGCUGUAGAUCCUCUUGAUUCAACAUCAAGGAUUAUGGACCCUAACAUAGUAGGACAAGAACAUUAUGAUGUUGCUCGUGGUGUGCAAAAAAUAUUGCAGGAUUAUAAAUCUUUGCAAGAUAUCAUUGCUAUUUUGGGAAUGGAUGAAUUAUCUGAAGAAGACAAGCUUACUGUAUCACGUGCCCGUAAGAUCCAGAGGUUUUUGUCACAGCCUUUCCAAGUAGCUGAGGUCUUCACUGGCCAAGCUGGAAAAUUUGUACCAUUGGCUGAUACCAUUAAAGGCUUUAAGAGUAUAUUAAAUGGUGAAAUGGACCAUAUACCUGAAGUUGCAUUUUACAUGGUUGGACCAAUUGAAGAAGUCCUUCAAAAAGCAGAGAAACUAGCAGAAGAAUCAUAAAAGUGUGAUCAGUAGUGAUUUUAGAUACUUUCCAUCUUCUAAAUUGCAUCAAAAUGUGUAUCAUUUCAACAAUAAAUUUCUGUCUUAUAUUAAGCUGAAAGCAGUCGGUCAUUGUAGAAUGAGUACUUUUUCAGAUGCUCUGCAAAAAAUAAAGUUUAUAUAUAAAUUA